GUGAGCAGCAGGCAACGCACCACAGCACUUUGACGUGCACACAAGAAGCAACGACAGUCUUCGCGGAGUGAUUAUUGUUUUCUUCUGGUUUAUUCGUGGAAUUGAAGGACUACCAAGACCAUCGGAUAGAGAGAGGUUGUGGAUGUUUUGUCCCGUGCGUCUUUUAUCUGGACGAGGAAAGAGCGAGCAAACCUUGUGGUUUUGCGUCAGGGGGUGCGUCACGCUACUCGCCUUGUGGGAUGCGUAAGCAGCAGCAAACAACAACGGAGCUCGAGCUCGCUUUAUUAUGCAUUUGUUUCCCCAGCACUACCGAAUCGUCGGCGACCGGAACAGGGUCUGGGUGCAUUUCUGUCCCUUUUGGGAUUACACAUGGCUCAGAUCUCCGCUUUAUUGCUGUAAUCAUCGAGGCGGAGUGCUGAAGUGAGGAAGUGGGAUGUGGCCUGCCUGUAUUUCAUGUGGUCGUCUGAAAUGGGAAAAUUAUAAAAGCAGCACUUCGGAACGUCUGCGUGGUCAUUAUUUCGGAUCUCCCACACACAGCAUCGUUAUUGAGGCUGCUCUGUGACUCGACUGUAGACAUGUCGCGAGGGGCUGCCUGGAUUCUUCUGUGUCAGAGUAUGUGAAAUAUAGCUCGCGCGAGCGCCUGAUGUCCACUCCCAUACGGACGAGCCACUGAAAACAUUUUUGAGUCCAACAAGCUUACUAAUGUCGACGACACAGCAUCGCAUGAUGGACACAUCUCUGACACUGGACAGACUGGAGGUCACCGGUUCGGUCGUAGGCAACCGUGGGUCUUGUGGGCCUGGACCCGUGAUGAUGAGAGAGAAAGGCGCCAACAAGACGACGACAGGUCACACUCACCUGAAUGGAUGUGUGCCGCUGACACAUCAGGUGGCUGGUCACAAGUAUGGCGUAGACAAAGUAGGAAUUCUGCAGCAUCCCGAUGGGACUGUCCUGAAGCAGCUUCAGCCUCCCCCGCGAGGACCCAGAGAGAUGCACUUCUACAGCAUGGUCUACUCGGAGGACAGCAGAGACCCCUGCCUGUUGAAGCUGCAGCGCUACCUGCCCACGUACUACGGCACCUGGUCCUCACCUGAGGCCCCCUCUGAGCUGUACCUGCACCUGGAGGACGUGACGCGGCGUUUCCGGCGGCCGUGCAUCAUGGACGUGAAGAUCGGCCAGCGCAGCUACGACCCCUUCGCCUCGCUGGAGAAGCAGCAGCAGCAGAUACGCAAAUACCCCCUGAUGGAGGAGAUCGGGUUCCUGGUGCUGGGCAUGAGGGUGUACAAAGUGGAUUCGGACAGCUUUGACACAUACGACCAGCACUUUGGCAGAGGGCUCGAUCAGGACUCCGUGAAGGAAGGUCUCUCCAAGUUCUUCCACAACGGUGAGCGUCUGCGUAGGGACGCGGUGGUGUCGAGUGUGGUCAAGGUGCAGGAGAUCCUGCGCUGGUUCGAGGAGCAGCGCCGCUUCCACUUCUACGCCAGCUCGCUCCUCUUCGUCUACGACGGCUCUCCACCUCCUCCCUCCUCCUCCCCUGCAGUACCUCCCAUCACCACCACCACCACUGGGGGCGCCCCUGAGCCCCUCGUCGGCCCAGGCUCUGGUGGUGUGGGGUGUGGGGAUGAUGGUGAUGGUGAUGGAGGUGGAGGCAAGAGAGAGGUGGUGGUGCUGGAGUACAACAACAACAUCGAGGAGAAGAGCCUCUCCACCAUGUACGCCCUCCACAAGCAGGCCUGCACCCAGACGCACCACAUCAACACCUCCUCGCCAUCGCCUGGCCCAAUCACCUCGCCUGAUAACGGAGCAUGGAGCCCUACCUGGAGGCACCACCACCACAACAACCACCAGGUGGCAGUAGCGGAUACUCGGCAACAGCAACCCAAUGGCAACCGCAUCCCGAACCCAGAGAGGGGAGACGGAGAUGGAGACGGAGAGAAGGGGCAAAAGGAUACGGAGAGGGAGGUGGAGAGGAAGGAGGAGGAGGAGGAGGAGGAUGAUUGUGGCAAGGGGAAGGGGGGAGUGAGAGGAGGGCAGCAGGGAGGAGGAGGAGGACGGGGGGAGGACGUGGAGGUUCGGAUGAUCGAUUUUGCCCACGUCUUCCCCGGCGACAGCCCAGACGCCGGCUACAUUUACGGGCUGAAGAACCUGCUGCGGGUCCUGGGCGAGCUCCUGGAAGGGUAGAUGAUGACGACGCCUCUCCUCUCAUCCCCACACCUCUACUACUUUGCCAUUGCCAUUGCCAUGGGGUUCCUAACACACACACACACACACACACACACACACACACACACACACACACACACACACACACACACACACACACACACACCUUUCCUCGUUGUGAAAGUCUCAACCCAUGGCACUCAUGUUGUACAUUAAAGGCAUGGUUGGUUGUGGCCACACACACACACACACACACACACACUCGCCCUAAAAGUCUGCACUAUCAGCACUCAAGAAGGGAAAACAUUUCCUUUAUCGAUCUUAUGUUUUGUGUGUGUGUGUGUGCGUGCGUGCGUGUUUGAGAGUGAGUGCAUUUGUCUGCCUGUUGGUUCGUUUGUUGUCUGUGUACGUGUGAGUGUGUUUGUCAGUAUCUUACUCAGGUAAAAAAAAAAAUCGAUCUAUUUGCGUAAAGGUCCUUGGCAAAAGGUUAAUUAUUUCUUGCCAAGCGUUUGCAAGCUUGUCUCGCUGUAAACUUUGACACACACUUCAGAGCUUCAGAGUGUUUAUUUUAGUACUGUUUCAAAAGUUUUGUUUUUAACCAUUUAUUUUUCUGUUCUCAAUGGUAGCUGUUAGGAACGCAUAUCUCUCCUCUUCCAUACUUGCUGCCAAAUGUAUGUAUCCUGUCUGUUUGGAAAAUCCUGUUGAUGGUUAACGAAAACUUUUAAUUGCCAUUAUUAUUAUUAUUAUUAUUAUUAUUAUUUUAAAUACUUAUAAUUUGUAUAUAGCAUUUACACGUGACAGCUAGUCUGUUUUCUUUUGACCCAUAAUAACCAUAAUAUGCAGCGUUGUGAGGAUGGUGAAAAUUGAUGAGAGAAUACAAGAUGACUUAUUUUUUUUUAAUUAAGGCGCUGUUUCCACGUAGCAGGAUAUUUUUUUAGCAGGGUAUUUUUUUCUCCUGUUAGGUGGAAACGCAACAUGUGGAUAAAAAUAAAUUCUCCAUUGUAACAAAUGUGUUUCAGCCCCCUAAACAGGAUAUUUUUUUCUCCUGCUUUUUACACCUGGAUUUUAAUUAUCUGCUACUUGGAAAUGGAAGGCCAAAACCAAUGCAAAACCAAUGCAAAACCAAUGCAACCAGGAGAAAAAAAUAUCCACAUAUAAAAAUAUCCAGCUACGUGGAAACAGCACCUAAAAGACAUGCGAUCUGGAAUGUUUCUUUUAUGUAUCCAGGGGACACUGCCAAAUGGGGUAUAUUGGGGUGCGUACUGUAUGUGCAUGUGCACACCAUGCUAAAGAAUGUUUAAAAAAAAUGCCCUCUCUUGUAUUGACCAAGGGGCGGUUUUGUGCCACCUGGUAGGAUUUCUAGCGCAAGUGUUGAGCGGAUCUAAUGCUAUGCCCUUUUUUUUUUUGGUUUGUUUGUUUGGUUUAAAAAGAUGUAGGCUUAUCAAUUUUCUGGUAACAGCAUUUACCAAGCUUUUUUUAAAAAUCCAAUUGAUAUCAUGUCAUAGAAAUCUAGAGGUGAAAUCAUGCAAACCUAUCAAAUGUAUUUGAAAUGCAGAAAGUAAGUUUGAAAACAAAGGUACCCAUUUGCAAAUUCGCCCUGGUGUCUACCCCCCAAAUCUAGCAAUGUUACAGUAAGUCAGUUAAAGGUGGUGCAGUGCAAAGCAUAUAUUACGUUUGAAAUGGAAAUUUCAUGCGUGUCGCCUCUAACUAUGUUAGCUACUUUGUUGUUUGCAAUGCAAUUUCCCAUUGGCAACUACUCAAGUUGCUAACUGGCUAACAACUACACUUUCGAGAAACGCACCCUAGUGUGGGUAAUUUUUAAUAGUUGAAGUGCAUUCUGAACAUAAUGACAUCUCAUGCGUUAAAGCUCGUUGUUAUAUAUGCUGAUAUCAUUUUUAACCUAUUUUUUGCUGUCUUCAUUUUGUGUGUGUGUGAGUCAACUUUGUACUCUAAAACAUCUCAAACCCGUGUUUUGGUGUGAAUGCAAAAGGUUUCCUUUUUUAAAAUUUUUGUUUUAAUUGUUAUUAUAUUCUUUUUAUGGAGUUUUAAGAUUGUUGCUGGUUUAUUGUUUUGUUUUUAUUUUUAGCCAGUGUAUGCAUCAAGGAUAACCUCACCGUUACUCCUGUAAACAUUUUGCUUUUUAUGUUGUAGCCAUUGGAUGCGACGACUUUUUAAAAAAUGGUUGCUUUUAUGUUGUAGCCAUUGGACAUUUUAAUAUUUGUUUGCCACAUUCCAGUUUUGAUUGCACCUGUUGGAAACCUCAAAAGCAUCUCAAAAUUUAAAUCUUAACAAUGAUGAUAAUAAUAAUGACGGAUGCCUCCAUGCUUCUUGGAGUGCUGCUCACUCAACAAUUCAAAAGAGAGAAGUAGAUUUCACAGCAUCAAAGAGACUAAAGAAGAAGACGAUUGCAAUAAGGGGGUCACAGUGAGCAAGGGCUGAACAUGAGAACGCCCUGCUUUUGUGUAGAAGCUCAGUUUGAGUGUAAGACAUGCUUUAUAUCCGACAGCACUUUAUAAAAAAGAAAAGGCCUUUUCAUCAGGGCAGCAAGACGACAAUGAUUUUGCAACACUACUAUUAUCCUCCGGCUCCAUUUUUGCCAAGUGUUGGACAUGUGGUUCAGCUGUCAGACGGCACUGAGUUGUCUAAUGUGUUUUGAUUGCCAAACAACACUCCCCAGUGCAAUUGUCUACCAGAGAAGUAAGUCCUUCCAAAGCAUCGUUGCGUAACCAUGGCAGCGGGGUAGCUGUGUCCUAAAUGGCGGUCUUGCUGAUUUUAAAUGCCACAUUUGGAAAAUGCACAACUGGGUGUAAACACAAUAUCCGGGGCCCAGGUACCGGUACAUAUGCAGAGUAUUCUGGUUUUAAAACGGAACAUUGGCAGUGUUUGGUUUAAAACAAGUUCCGGAAUAUUCCGAUUCCAUUCACUGAACAGCGUUCUGUACCUGGAUAAUAGUCCUCCCGACACACGGCCACAUUCGAUAUGAAUAAUUAAAGACUACACGACUCUACCACAAACGCAAACCAAAUACUGCCACCACUCCAUUAAUAAUUGGAAUAUUCCUCGCAUGUUGCCGUGCUCAGUGUCUCUGUUUCCUCAAGAUUCUCCUGUAGAAGAAUAUACUUAUAAUAAUAAUAAUAAUAACUUGGUUUUAUAUAGCGCCUUUCAAGGAACCCAAGGUCGCUAUUUGCUCCUUUUUUUACAGUCAGCAUAAUGAACUUCAUCAACCUAUUUAUAUGUCUCAGACUGUGUUUUCAACUCAAGAUUGAUGAGCUGUUAAAAAAAAGUCAUCUGAUGUUUUCUAAGAGGAUUUCGUACCUGGAAACCAUUAAGUCUUAUCUCAGCCAUCUUGUUUUGCUCCAUGUCAUGUUUUGUGAUACUAGGGGUUCUUCAGAUAAAGGUUUAACCUUUUUUUCUCAUUUCUUUUAUAGACAUUUUCAGUUCACUGAAGUAUCUUGUUUACAUUCCUAUGUAUCUAUCUUUCGCAGGCUAACAGUACAGUUGUGUGCUUUCUGUGUACAUGUAGUUGCCGGCUUGCAACCCUUUGAAUUUUGAUUGGUGAAGCACUGAUUCUGGUUAGUAAUACCCCCAUGAUGUUUUUUUUUUUCUUAACUGUGAACCAACCCAUCACUUUUGUGAAACCGUGAAUUUCAAAUGAGCCUUUAGUGAAGUCUGCAUUUCCUUGUGGUUUGAAAACAUGUUCAUGUCAUGCCUACUGUGUCAAUCGUAUAGGAAAUAUAUAAUAACCAGAAAAUUCCAGGAAAGCGGUCGUCAUCUUUGAAUACCAAAGAUGAUUAUGAUGAAAGCCAGUUGAAGUGGUAGGUUUGUCAUUACAAUAUCAUGGUUAAUAGCAUGUGACAUAGUAAUAUUAUCAAAUAUAAUAUUAUCUUAACAAGGCCUGUUGGAUUUCAGUAGAAAACAAGUGCAUGUGUUCUGAUAUACAGCAAUGCAUUAGUCAGUGUCGCAUUUGGAGUCACAUGCGAGGUAAUUCUGUACGUUUUGUGUUUUUUUUGUCAGCUGAACAUUCAUUUUCAGUCUAUUCAGAGCUUUUUACAUUUUCUUUUUGUCAUGUUUAGUUUGUUCUACUUAAUCCCAAUGCGCUCAACUGAAAUGAAAUUGUGUGGGGAUGACUUAAGUCUUGGCUAAAGUCAAUUUACUCUCAUACAAUUGGAAACAGUGCCAGUCUUUUGCCGUUGCAUUCUACUUUUGUGUAAUCGUGGAUAAAAUGCAUUUAUUCGUACACUGGAUUUCUUUUCUUUUUUUUCUUUUUACAAUGACCAGCCAGAUCCUCAACCAAUCACGGCAGUCUGUGACAGUUUGGAUACACCUUAAAAACCAAAAAAGAAAAAAAGAAAGGACAAAAAAAAGACAGAAAAGCCUGUCUUUUCAGCACAAGCUAGAGCCCAAGGUCUUUGAUCCUUCAACCUUCUUAAUGUGGCACAUCAGAUGAUCUAAAUCUGACUGGUCUGUUGUGUGUUUGUAAGACAACAUGGCUCACCAAGAACAUGACUGCCAAAAGAGCAACGUACAGUACAUUGACGUUUGAGAAUUACAGGAGGACUCUUCAACCGUUAAUGCUCAAGUUAAAAAAAUGUUUAUAUAAAGAAGACAUGUUUAGUUGUGCUCCUUGACCAUUUUUAGACCAAUCAUCUGUGCUUUGACUUGGUUCCAGUACAUGCUCUGCCCUUUUCUACAGCGCGGUGGUGCGACUCGCUCCAAGUAACCUUUCUUGGCGUGUAGCAGGCUUGUACGAAAUUCCGAAUGGAAAGAAUUUCAAUUCAAAGUGAUGCCAUAAUACGAACACUAGGUGGUGGUGUUCUAUGUACUUUCAAUGGGUGGUGUAGAUUAAAUUCAAAGAAAUUCAAGGUAAUGGCACCACCUAGUGUUCGUAUUAUGGCAUUAUUUUGAAUUGAAAUUCUUUCCAUUCGGAAUUUCGUACAAGCCUGGCGUGUAGAUAGCACUCCAUAUGCAGAGUGAUACGGGCAAAGAUUUUCUUUGUAGAGUAAGAUGAUUCAAACUCCGCCCACCCAUUGCAAAGGAGUGCGCUCAAGUUUGGUCUCCUAAGGGGGCGUUGUUGAUCCCUCCUCCUUCUUCUUCUCUUUCUGUGGCAUUUGGUGACCGCUUGCAUAAGAUAUGCGCUUCCGCCAUCUACAUUGCCAAGGGAAUUCCAUUUAUUCUCUCAACCUAAAGCCUUCAAAAGUCUCCUAACUGCAGGCAGAGAAUCGUAUAUGAGAGUGAGAUAAAGCAGGCGGGUUCUUUUCCGGUAUCCACUUUACGUCGGGUGAACGGCCCUUUAGGAGACCUUCGAUUAGGAGAUCUUCGGAGUCUUGAGGUAGAGAAUAAAUGGAGUCCCCUUAGCGCUGUAGAUGCCGGUAGCGCACGUCUUGUGCAAACACCAGGAAAAGAGAAGAAGAAGGAGGGACAACACCCCCACCAAAUUUAGAGCACACGCUUUUGCAUUGAGUGGCCGUGUUUCGAUUCCUCUUUAUUAUAUAUCCAACCUCUUUGCCGCAGGUCUCCGAAAGGGGUGUUCACAUGACAUCACAUGGAUCCCGGAAAUGCACGGCCUUGAAACAUUUUACUCUACUCUACUCUCUUUGAUAUGGGCAUAGGGUGCUGGGGGUGAUAUAUACGUAUGUAUGUAUGGGGCUGUCUUUUACUGUGUGUCUGCUGUUUGUUCCUUGCGAAUAAUAUUGCAAAUGAACUAAUCAUCUUUUUUUGUAAAUGAUGUAUUGUAACAUGUUCAAAUGUACUAUUUAGAUGGAUAUAAUGAUGGACAAAAACAAUACAUGUAUAUUUGGCAAAUUAUAAUUACUAAUAAAAUAAAUUCUAAUGACCA